CUGUUGCCGAGGGGACGGGCCAGGCAGAUGCCAACAUGGCAGCGGUUGGGUCUGGUGGUUCCACGGCGGCGCCUGGGGCGGGGGCGGUUUCUGCGGGGGCGUUGCAACUUGGGACCGCCAGUGGAGAGUUCUUGCUAGGGAGGAAGCAAGAGGGCUGGGGUCGGUUCCAGGGCCCGCCCCAGCCAUUUCUUAACACCUCUGCAAAGAUUCCAGCUCACCGACGCCUCAAAUACAUAUCCCUAGCCGUGCUGGUGGUCCAGAAUGCCUCCCUCAUCCUCAGCAUCCGCUACGCCCGCACGCUGCCGGGGGACCGCUUCUUUGCCACCACAGCUGUGGUCAUGGCUGAAGUGCUCAAAGGUCUCACCUGCCUGCUGCUGCUCUUUGCACAGAAGAGGGGUAACGUGAAGCACCUGUUUCUUUUCCUCCAUGAGGCUGUCCUGGUGCAAUAUGUGGACACACUCAAGCUUGCAGUGCCCUCUCUCAUCUACACCUUACAGAAUAAUCUCCAGUAUGUUGCCAUCUCCAACUUGCCAGCUGCCACUUUCCAGGUGACAUACCAGCUGAAGAUCCUGACCACGGCACUGUUCUCCGUGCUCAUGCUGAACCGCAGCCUUUCCCGGCUGCAGUGGGCUUCGCUGCUGCUCCUCUUCACUGGAGUCGCCAUUGUCCAGGCCCAGCAAGCUGGUGGCGGAGGCCCACGGCCACUGGAUCAGAACCCUGGGGCAGGCCUGGCAGCUGUUGUGGCCUCUUGUCUCUCCUCGGGCUUCGCAGGUGUCUACUUUGAGAAGAUCCUCAAAGGCAGCUCGGGCUCAGUGUGGCUGCGCAACCUGCAGCUGGGCCUCUUUGGCACAGCGCUGGGCCUGGUGGGGCUCUGGUGGGCUGAGGGCACUGCCGUGGCCCACCGUGGCUUCUUUUUUGGCUACACUCCUGCUGUCUGGGGUGUGGUACUCAACCAGGCCUUUGGUGGGCUACUGGUGGCUGUUGUCGUCAAGUAUGCUGACAACAUCCUCAAGGGCUUCGCCACCUCCUUGUCCAUUGUGCUGUCCACUGUUGCCUCCGUCCGCCUCUUUGGCUUCCACGUGGACCCAUUGUUUGCCCUUGGCGCUGGGCUUGUCAUCGGUGCAGUCUACCUCUAUAGCCUUCCCCGAGGUGCAGCCAAAGCCAUAGCUUCUGCUUCUGCCUCCACCUCCACCUCCGCCUCUGGGCCCUGCACUCACCAGCAGCCUCCAGGGCAGCCGCCGCCACCACAGCUGUCUUCCCACCGUGGAGACCUCAGCAUGGAGCCCUUUCUGCCAAAGUCAGUGCUGGUGAAGUGAGGGCUGGCGGCAGUGGGGGGACGACAGGGAGGGGGACUGGGUGGAGGGUGCGGGUCUCUGCUGGACCCAGGUGGGCACUGGGGCCCAGCUCCUCCGGGGUUGGAAGUCUUCUCCAAGGUUAUAGAGACUUCAUUAUGGCAGGGUAUCAAGUGAACCCUUCCUUAUAGGCCGGUCUCCCUGCCCCGAGGGGUUUCUAGAGCUGCCGCCUCUGCCUCAUUCAAAUCUGUCUUGGGACAGGGUUGGGGGUAGUGUCAAUCAAGGCCUUUUUUGUCUGCCCCCUGUGCCAGAGGUGUCCUCUCUCAUGCUGGGAGCGUCCUGGCCAGCCCUCCACCUUUGUAAGGAUAAGUUGGACAAAAACCCUACAGCUUUUUAGUUAUGACUGAUGCCUACCUGUGGGGCUGUUUCCCAUAACUGGCGGCCUCCCUCCCAACCACACUGGAUCACGUGAGCAGCUUGGUCUUUCUGUGGCCUUGGGGCAGCUAACCUGACACAGAGACCCUUGGACAUGGGCCUCUUGUGAGUGAGUGCCCAAGGAGAGUGGAAGGGGCAGGGGCAAGAGCUGGGAUUUUUGUAUCAGCCUGUUCAGGGGAGGGUGCAGCAGGGGCCAUUUGUUUUUGUUUGUGUGUGUGUAUGUGGUUUGGGGAUUUGUGGUGUAAUCAGAUGAUGAUCCAGGGUGUGGGAAAAGCAAGGAGGAGAAAUCCUUGAAGUGGCUGAAUCUCAAUGAAUCUAAGCUAGGACAGUCAGUUGCAGAGUGCAGGGUUCUCUGCACCAUCCUGAGAGGACAGGGAAGCUGCCAACCACACUUGAUACCCCACUGGCCUUUUGAGGCACCCUUACUUCCUGGGAGGGCGUGUCUUAAAGUUGCUGAAAUGUGGAACCUACCCCUUGCACUUCCCAAAGCUUAUUAACCCCUUAACUGUCCCCCAGGAGUGUAUGUGAGCGCGUGUGUGUGCAUGGGCGAUGCCUGGGCUGUCACUGCUCAAUGUAAAUAGGGCCGUUGGAUCUUUAUUUUUGAUUAAUUUGUUCUGAUUUUUUUUUUGGUUUUCUAAGGAACUGUAAUGAACAAGUAUCAGGAUACCCAAUGCCAAAUAAAGAUAUUGUAUUUAUUUAGUCCACGUGUAGCUUUCUGACCCAGGGACCUGCUCUCCGCGUGGGCUGUUACUAACCCCAGGACUACCAGCCUCAUUGCUGUUGCCCUCGCUUGCUCAGGACGCCGCCUGCCAGCCCACCCCAGCUUUCUGUUUUUCUUUCCUCCCCACCCCC